ACCGGAAGCUUCAACCCACACGGCCACCGCCCCGGCGAAGCGUGACAGACAGGCCCUCAGCCUCUCUCGCUAACAAUGGGUGUUACCGUUGAUGUCGUAAAGCCAGGAGACGGCGUGACGUUUCCGCAGAAAGGCCAGACCGUCACCGUGCACUACGUCGGCAAACUGACAAACGGCACGAAGUUUGACUCCUCCCGGGACCGAGGAAAGCCCUUCAAGUUCAAGAUCGGCAAAGGUGAAGUCAUUCCCGGCUGGGAUGAAGGUGUAGCUCAGAUGAGCGUGGGGCAGGUGGCGCGCUUGACCUGCACACCGGACUUUGCGUACGGCAGCUCGGGCUUCCCUCCCGUCAUCCCGGCCAACGCCACUUUGGUCUUCGAAGUGGAACUCCUCGGUGUUUGAAUGUUUUGGGCUUUUAUUUUAUUCUCCCCUCCCUCAUUCCCACCUCAUCUGCCACAAAUGAAGAUGCUGUCAGGGGCAUUUACAGUCAUCAGUCUUCUCCCACCCCCUUUUUAAUCUGACUCAUACCGUCCAAAUAUUCUUCUGUUUGUUUGAUGGAUAUUGUAGUAGAGCAGGGUUUGUAUUUAAAUUUGACUUGACACUCAGGUGCCCAUCUAAGCAGUUUGCUGUACAAAGAGGAGCUAUUGUCAUUCCGCAGUGCCAUCAAUUAGCGAUAAACACCAGAUGUACUUUACAGCUUUGGCGCACACGCAAAAAAAAAAAAAAAAAAAAAAAAAAAAAGACUUAGGACGCAUAGAAACGAUUUAGGCCUCUGACUGAAGCACCGCUUGUGUUUGUACCGGGAUCUCAAGUGUCCUUGUUAUCAUGUUGCGCUUUUAGUUCCUCUGCAGGCAACCAGUAGAAGUAGUCACACUUGUUCUUGCAUUAAAGUGAGUUCACCAUU